CGCCGCUCAGCUGAGGAGACAAUGGGCGAUCAAAGAAGGGGAGGGGGUGGAGGAAGAGGAUGGCGCUAGGCGAGGUUGGAGUGGAGCCGUGUGGCGCUCUCUCUGCGCUCGAUUAGUGAUCCUAGAGAGAAACGGAGUAAGGCAGCCUGCGAAGCGAGCGAGCCGCCCGAGCGAGGCACAGGGAGGAACUCCGAGUGGUGGUGGCGGGUGCGGGGAGUCGCCGCUGCUCCUCCUGCAGCUGCUGCCGCCGCCACCUCCACACGCCCCCCCCCCCGCCUCGCGAGCAAAGUGUGUGUGAGUGAGAGUGAGCGAGCCCCGUUGCGCAGCUUGCUCUGCGCACAAGCGCCGCCGCCAGCAGGAGCAGCAGAGGAGGAGAAGAAGGAGGAGGGCGGCAGAGGCACCACCAGCACCACACGGGCAUUUAGGGAGAGGAGCGCUGUGGAGCGAGACACACACCCAGACCGGCGAGGCAAACGAGAGGCCACAGCAGGCACCAACUGAGACAAAAGUAUCUCCAAACCAGCACCCAACUCCACCUUGGGAGGCAGGCGGCCGGGCGGGCGCCUCAGCAUGGCUUCCGAGGAACUCUACGAGGUAGAGAGAAUUGUUGAUAAAAGAAAGAACAAGAAGGGGAAAACAGAAUAUUUAGUCCGAUGGAAAGGCUACGAGAGUGAAGAUGACACGUGGGAACCUGAACAGCACCUUGUGAAUUGUGAGGAAUAUAUACAUGAAUUCAAUAGACGUCACAACGAUAAGCAAAAAGAAAGCACAUUAACAAGGACAAACAGGACAUCUCCAAAUAAUGCAAGAAAACAAAUUUCCAGAUCUACUAAUAGUUCUUUUUCAAAGACCUCUCCCAAGUCUUUAGUUAUUGGAAAGGACCAUGAAUCAAAAAAUAAUCAGUUAUUUGCUGCCCAGAAGUUUCGGAAAAACAACACUCCUAUCUCUAGUAGAAAAAAUAUGGACCUCUCAAAAUCAGGUAUCAAAAUCCUUGUGCCCAAAAGUCCUAUUAAGAGUCGGACAGCAGUGGAUGGUUUUCAGCAUGAAAGCCCUGAUAAGCUAGACCGUAUAGAACAGGAUCAGGAAGAUUCUGUAGCACCAGAAGUGGCUGCAGAAAAACCAGUUGGCGCUUUAUUAGGACCUGGAGAAGAGCGUGCUAGGAUGGGGAGCAGGCCAAGAAUACACCCACUAGUACCACAGUUACCCGUGCCAGUAACAGCUACCAUUGCAUCUGCAUUAACAAUAAAUGGAAAAGCAUCUCCCUGUAUUCUUCCCAGUGUUCUUUACUUCCUAUUUUCUUGUACAUCUACCUUUAUAGAAGCAUUAGCAACAAAUGGUACCAACAUACAGACAUCAGUAACAGGAGUGACAGCCAACAAACGAAGAUAUAUCGAUGAAAGGAGGGACCAACCUUUUGAUAAAAGGCUACGAUUCAGUGUGAGGCAAACGGAAAGUGCUUACCGGUACAGAGAUAUUGUUGUCAGGAAACAAGAUGGCUUCACGCACAUUUUAUUAUCAACAAAAUCAUCAGAGAACAAUUCAUUAAAUCCAGAGGUAAUGAAAGAAGUCCAAAGUGCACUGAACACAGCAGCAGCUGAUGACAGUAAGCUUGUACUCCUCAGUGCAGUUGGCAGUGUCUUCUGCUGUGGUCUUGACUUCAUUUAUUUUAUUCGACGCUUGACAGAUGAUAGAAAAAGGGAAAGUACUAAGAUGGCAGAUGCUAUUAGGAAUUUUGUAAAUACUUUCAUUCAGUUUAAGAAGCCCAUCAUUGUAGCAGUAAAUGGUCCUGCCAUUGGACUUGGAGCAUCUAUAUUACCUCUGUGUGAUGUGGUUUGGGCUAAUGAGAAGGCUUGGUUUCAGACUCCAUAUACGACAUUUGGGCAAAGUCCUGAUGGAUGUUCAUCCCUGACAUUCCCAAGAAUAAUGGGCCUGGCAUCUGCAAAUGAAAUGUUGUUCAGUGGAAGGAAGUUGACUGCACAAGAAGCAUGUGCAAAAGGACUGGUAUCUCAAGUGUUUUGGCCAGGAACAUUCACACAGGAAGUCAUGGUUCGAAUUAAGGAACUUGUCACAUGUAAUUCAGUUGUACUUGAAGAAUCCAAAGGUUUAGUUCGUAGUAUUAUGAAGAUGGACUUAGAACAAGCAAAUGAUAAGGAGUGUGAAGUUUUAAAGAAAAUUUGGGGUUCCGCUCAAGGAAUGGACUCAAUGUUAAAAUAUUUGCAGAGAAAAAUUGAUGAAUUUUGAAGAAAUGUGCAUUGACACUGGAAUUGUAUUUACUUGGACAUCUGGGUUUCAUGGAUGCCCUAACUGAAUUUAAAAAUCUAAAAUAAAACUUGCCCACUGCUUAGAAAGCAUUGGAUUAAAACUUGGAAGGACAUGGUUUUAUUGUCAAGGAUUUUUUAAAGAAGUACUGUAUGUUAAGCAUUGAACAAAUUUCCUUUCUCCAUAUAUAGAUAUAAAUAUAAAUAUAUAUAUAUAUUAUAUUUCUUUAUAUACACAAACUAAAAAAUAUAUAAUGGAGUGCACUACCAAACUUUUGUCUUCUACUUUGUUAUAAUUGGCUAGUACUGUAUUGGAAAGAAAAUGGCAGAUAAAAUGAGGAGUUACAUUAUUUUGUAUGUUGAUGGGAAAGUCCUGAAGCAAUGAGAUAUUUUUUCACUAGAGUACAGAAUUAAAACGGGUAUUGGCCAGCCCUUACUUUCACUGCCCAAUAAGUCAGUUAAGAAGAGGCGUUGCCUUGAAUUCUGAAGAAGGUUAAAAAUACCUCAAGUAAUGAUGCAUUCUAAAAUGAAUUAUUUUUAAAAAGAGAACCCUGUGAUGAAAUAGUAUAUAUUUUCUCCCCUCAAAAAUGAGUGUGCUCAGGAUUUAUGCUAUAAAAACACUCAGUCCUCCAUGUUAUGGGGAACAUGCCCAUUUCUUACCCAGAUAGCAUGAAGAAGCCAAUUUCUUGUCAGAAAAGAAGAAGAAGCAGCUUCAUUUUGCAGUAUUAGUGAAUCACUGAAUAUAUACUAUGGGUAUCUUUAAAUUAUAGCUUAGUUUUAGUGGGUUUUAUUCAGAAUAGGUUUUUUCCUGAAUUAUUUUAACUACAUAAUGCUUCUGUUGCUGGGUGAGAAAACUACGCUAUAUGCAGGUUUUUUUUUGGUUCUGUUUGCUGGUUUAAUUAAUGAAUUACACCAAAAAUGUAUUUUAUGUUCAUUUUUUAAAUUUUUUUUUUUUAGUUUAACUUAGACUAUAUUUUAUUUAAUAAGUUAAAAUUCUUUUGGCACACUAUUAAAAACAAAAACUCUUCCUAAAAACUACCUUAUGAUAGAUGUUUAAUGUCUUUUGUCAGUGCUUUUUAAUUUUAAUUAUACACUAUGACCCUGAUCCAGAGAUCUUUCCACGCUGCAGCAGGCUGCAUGCAUUCUGCAGUGCAGGAGGAUUUCUUCCAUCAAACAGAUGAUUAGUGCUGUCAACUUGAUUGCCUGUUGAAAUGCCUACUUGGAAUCAGUUCCCCUCCCACCGCCCCCCACUCAAAUUAGAGGUGUCACCCAUCUGUUUGGCAGUGCAUGCAUGAUACUGAAGUACACACAUGCACACACGCAGGUGUUGGAUACAGACCUUUUUUCUCCACACAGUGCCCUUUUGUGCACAUGGACGUGCAUCCAGAAAGGUAAUAUGUCCAUAGAAGCCUGCUUUCUAUGUACAGAUUGCCAUUGCUGGAUCAGUAUUACACGUAAUAAAGAGUAUGGUGUACAAGAGUGCUCUGUGUAAAUACGCCUAUUUUGCAUUCCUUUCAGGAGUGUGUUUGAUUAUUCCUGAUUGCAGAUAUCUAUUAGUACUUGGGUAUCUGCUUGCAAUCUUACUGAAUGUAUGAAGAAUGAAAAAAAAAUCAAACCUUAUUUUUGUACAGUUUGGAACUUUGUAUUUGGAGCCUGACCACCUCAUUCUAGUGGAGAGUUGUACAGUGUGUAAAUCUGCUUUUACCUUGGAUUGGUACAGUAUUUUUGCAUCUGUGGGACCUACUUUUUUUGUUCUAGUAGUUUGGACUAUAUAUAAACUGUACAAUCUGUAAAGUUUUUAUAGAAUAAAUAUUCAGCUGUGAACUGGUUAAAAUAAAACUAAUAUUUCUUAACACCUC